UGCCAUUCUGCGCUUACACAGUAUGGCCGGAGACAUUAGCUAACAUUUGCCUACGGUAUUCUCUGUAAAAGGGAAGACGGUAAAAGAAAACAAGGCAACUACAUCUGGACUGCUCAAGGACUGUAACUAAGCUAAUAAAUUAUAACAACCAACAAAGGACUAAUUUAACUGGGAUUCCAUCCGACGGUUUAAUUUCUGUUGUUGGAGUCUGUUUGUGUCACGAUGGAAGAGAGCAGUGCACACUUCUUCGAGGGGACCGAGAAGCUCUUGGAGGUGUGGUUCUCCCGAGAAGACGAAAGCAAAGGAACCGGGGAUCUGCGCACUAUCCCCAGAUUUGAGUGGGACAAACUUCUGGAGAAUGUGCAUUGUUUGAUUAUAAGUGUGACGAAGACUGACAAGCGGGAAGCUUAUAUACUCAGUGAGAGUAGCAUGUUUGUCUCCAAGAGACGUUUCAUUUUGAAGACAUGCGGAAGCACCCUCUUACUGCAGGCACUGGUGCCACUGCUGGAGCUGGCUCGUGAGUACUGCGGCUUUGAUGCCAUCGAGAAUUUCUUCUAUUCUCGUAAAAAUUUUAUGAAGCCCACCCAUCAAGAGUUCCCUCACCGCAACUUCCAGGAGGAAGUCGAGUUCCUCAGCCAGAUUUUUCCAAAUGGAGCAGCCUACUGUAUGGGACGUCUGAACUCAGACUGCUGGUAUUUGUUUACGCUGGAGCUGCCAGAAUACUGGGAGAAUAAGCAGGCGGACCAGACACUAGAAGUUCUGAUGAGUGACCUCGACCCGGCUGUGAUGGACCAGUUCUUCGUGAAAGACGGUGUUUCUGCUAAUGAUGUCACUCGUAUGAGUGGAAUUCGUGACCUGAUUCCAGGUUCAGUGAUUGAUGCCACAAUGUUCAACCCUUGUGGAUACUCCAUGAAUGGAAUGAAAACGGAUGGAACUUACUGGACGAUUCACAUCACCCCCGAACCGGAGUUCUCCUAUGUCAGCUUUGAAACCAACCUCUCCCAGACGUCUUAUGACGAGCUUAUCCACAAAGUCGUGGAUGUCUUCAAACCAGGGAAAUUUGUGACAACGCUUUUCGUCAAUCAGAGCUCCAAAUGUCGCAGCGUUUUCACUUCGGCUCAGAAGCUGGAGGGUUACCGCCUCCUGGACCGCCAGUCGGCGCACUUCAACGACUACAACUUCGUCUUCACCAGUUACGCCAAGAGCCGCCAGCAGAAGCAGAGCUGAACCUCCGAAAUGAAGAAGCGUAAAAAGAAAUCGUGCGGCUGGCGGCGUUUGUGCGUGGAGUCUUCUGGCUGUAGAUCUUCCCCGAGUUUAACAUUUAUGCAUACUUGUACCUGUGACGUAGAUAUCGUGCAUGAAAGCUCUUCUCGUGUCUCUGUAGAUAUUCUAGCCCAUUCUUGCUGUGAUCUUGAAGUGCAUGUAGAGCUCUUGAACGUGGCGGUGGUGUGUGUGAGGCAUGUCACACCAUCAUCCCAGUACAUGCAAUGCUCCCUUCCCUUCCUGCAAGUGUCCCCUCGCAUCCCCCACAGACAGGGUUUCCGACCUCACUAGACAAGGACCCUGACACGCUCAGAUCUGUCUCGUCUCCCGACCAAUCCAAAAGCAACGUCUUUUUAUCGGUUUGCGAAAAGGGGUUUUUUUGGGGGGGGGGUUCCAUUUACAUUGCCUUUUCUCUUGACUUAAAUACACGUGACGUUGGUUAUUUAAAUCGCAACUCAUUUUCAAUGUAUGUGUUCAGCUCAGCUGUGUAUAGCUAGCUAACUUUUCUGUGACUGUGAAGAUAUCCUGAAGACAAACCUAAAGUAUUCCUCGUCCGUCGUCUUUUCUUUAACCCUGCAGACGGCUGUCUUUAUCCGGUGUGCUAGAGAAGUGAAUGUGAGUAGCUUAACCGUCACCUUCAAUGUCAAGAGCCUGCUCUGCUUGUAGAGACCGUUUUGGAAAACGCGUCUCUCGUUUGAGUAAUACGCUCGUUAGAUUGUUAGCAUUAAGCGGAACUUCGAUCAGGUAGCUAAUAUUUCCAUUCUGUUUGAAGAGAUGUUCUUCAUCCGCUUUACAAGUACCAGAGAAGUUAAUGUUUAAAAAGAUUGAGUUACUUAACAGUUGCCUUGUGUGUUAACAACAUAUAAUCUGCAAUAUAUAGCCAUUAUGGUGAAAGUCAACUGUUGUCUUCCUUUCCUCAAAUAAAAUGGGCUGCAUUUAAAAAAAACAAAAAAAAAAAACAUUAGCUAGUUGAAAGGUCACGAUGUGUUAUAUAGAAGAAUGGAUUUUUCUGAAUAAUGUAGCAAGUGUAGAAGAAGCCAUUACAUGUGUGUGUGUGUGUGUGUGACGGAAAGAGGGAAUAAUGUUUGCCUUCCGUCAUUGUGAAGGACCCUGGGGCUGUCCAGUGCAGAGCCUGCUUUGAAUUGAAACCGUUGGACAGACACUUUGCUUUCGUGUGCCGAUCGCACAGCAAAGCAUUUUUCUUUUUCUAAACAAAACGAGUUCUCGGUCUUUUUCUCUACAGUAAGCACACAAUAGGCACGCACUGAUCUGAGCAUGUCAGGGCUGACCCGGAUCAUUCCACACCCCACGCCUGCAUAAAGUGCAGUUUUAAUUAUUAUUUUUUUUGCAGUAGAUUUGUACACCUCUCCAGAUCAUGCCCUCUUUGUGCAUUGAGAGAGGUUUUUCUCACAUGUGCUCUUGCAGGCGACUAGCGUGUCUCUGCUUCAGCCCUUUGUAACAUUACCGCAUUUAAUUUCUGAUCGUACGAUGUAACAGACUUGCUGAUGGAGAUCCCGAGUUGUGAGGAGGAGGAUGUUUCUGUUAUGUCUCUUUAAAUGCGAAAAAACCAAAGCAAUUCAGUUUGAUUUAACAGACACUAUAGGUGUCAGAUGUGGACCACUGCUGGGAGAAAUAACAUGAGCAUGAUCUCAUAUCACACCUAGUACUUUUUCAGUGAAGGGGUGGUAGUUUCAAACAUUCUUCUGGUCUUUAUAUGUGGGAUUUAUACAUUAUACAUGAGUGGAGGGGGGAGACAUUGAUGUUGCGGACCAAGUAUAUAUAUAUAUAUAUACAUUUUUCUGACCCUGUUCUGAGCUGGGGAGUGACCUUUUCAGAUGAUUUGGACCUUUUUUCCUCUUUCUAUUAGUUCUUGCUAGCCUGUGUUGUUGGUUGGUAAGACAACUCUAUAGAAAGGAUUCUGUCGCGGGACUUUCACAGGAAGUUGGGAAGGAAGGGUAAACUUUGCGGUUCCAAUUCUCUUGCCAUUUCCUUGGUUGGUCAAGAUGUGCUAAAUAUAUCUGUACUAAGAGCUUGAUGCUUUCAAUAAAGUUAAUAACCAUCA